AUCAACUAUUUCACACGAUUGCAGCUGACAAUUUCCAUGCGUAUAUAGUUUCGCAGUAUUCUAAAAAAAUUCUACCGACUAGACAAAUCGAUCAGUCGAACAAGAACAUAAAAAACCCGCGCAAGCGUUGAACAUCUACAAACAUCCUCUAUAUGUAAAUGCUUGAUUUCUAACAACGGCUUCAUUCCACGAUGAUGAACGAAACAGUGAUAGUAGAAAGUGACAGCAAGAGCAACAGUGAUUACAGUCUUCAAUUGAAUCGAUGGUUCUUACAAUCAAUCGGCGCUUGGCCAUCGUCUCCUUCCACGACAAGACUCGAAAAGAUCGUUUCAUUCAUUUUAAACAUCGUUUGCCUAAGCAUUGUAAUUCUCACUGUGAUUCCUAGUUUACUGCUAAUGAUUCUAGGAGACGAAAGCUUUAACUUCAAAUUGAAGAUGUUCGGUUAUGUGAGCCAUUGGAUCUUCAGCGGCAUUAAUUACACAGCUUUGUUAACACAAGGCAAAAAUAUACGACAGUGCAUAGAACAUAUAGAAGCUGACUGGCGAACAGUGACCAGAGAGGAGGAUAAAAACGUGAUGCUGAAGAACGCGAAAUUAGGCCGCUACAUAGCGGGUUUUUCCGUCAUUUUUGUGCAGGGUAGCGUUUUGUGCUUCUUUUUUGUGACAGCAUUAAAUACGGUGGAGAUACAAAUUGGAAACGAGACGAGGGUCUUACACCUGUUACCUUGCGCAGUAUACAAGAAGCUGGUGAACGUCGACGAUAGUCUAACAAACGAAAUCAUGCUUCUCUUGCAAAUGUGGUCCACUAUUAUCGCAAAUUCUAGUACAAGUGGGAUUUUUGGUCUGUCAGCUGUGCUAGCUGCACACUCGUGCGGUCAAUUGAACGUAAUUAUGGUAUGGAUCACCGAAUUUGUUAAUAAGGCCAGAGAAAGGAAGAAAACUGGCAGUUUUAUCGAAAUUGGAAUGAUCGUGGAACGACACCUCCGGACAUUGAAGUAAGGUGUACUUUUUUAUUCUUUUUCUUGUUACCUUUGUAGGAGCGAUCUUUGCGACUACAUUGUGUGUUAAUUGCAGUUUUAUAUCGUGUAUCGAGGAUGUGAUG